CACGACACAGAAGUGGCGAAAGCAGUCCUGACUCUUGCGGAGAAGAUGGCACGGCGAGUGGCGGUGAUCGGGGCGGGGGCAGCGGGCUUGUGCGCCGCCCGGCACCUGAGCGCCCGCCCGGACCAGUUCGUACCCACGGUCUACGAGCAGACCAACAGGGUAGGCGGGACGUGGGUCUACACGGACCGGGUAGGGACGGACGAGCAUGGGUUGCCUGUACACUCCAGUAUGUACAAGAACCUCAGGACCAACCUACCCAAGGAGGUGAUGGCCUUUCCAGACUUUCCCUUUGACAGCAGCCUGCCAUCCUUCGUCACCCAUCAGGAGGUACUACAGUACCUAGAGGACUACACCGACCACUUCCAACUCAGGAAACACAUACAGUUCCUGACCAAGGUGGACACAGUGAAACCAGUGACCGGUGCAGGUCAGACCCUGUGGGAAGUAACGGUCAGCAGUGUGGAGGAGCCGGAGAAGAUUACCACUCAGCAGUUUGAUGCCGUCAUGGUUUGCAACGGGCAUUACUCAGUGCCAUACGUUCCUGCGAUCCCUGGAGCUGAACUCUUCCAGGGAAGGUCCAUCCACAGCCACGAGUACCGCAGUCCCGACGACUUCAAAGGCAAAAACGUUGUGCUGUUGGGAGCUGCAUCAUCUGGCCAAGACAUUGCCUUGGAGAUCAGCAAGAUGGCCAAUCAGGUCGUCCUCAGCCACGGCAAACCACCACUCAAAAGCCAGCUUCCACCAAACAUGAAGCAAGCUCCCGGGGUGGAAUGUUUCAAGGCUCCUAAAACUGUGAGAUUUAAAAAUGGGGAGGAGUUUGAGGCUGAUGUUUUUAUGUAUUGUACAGGGUAUCACUAUCACUUCCCCUUUUUUACUACGGAAUGCGAGGUUUCUAUAGAGCGAGGCCACAUCACCCCCCUGUACAAGCAUCUCAUCCACACCUCCUUCCCUUCCCUGUCUAUCGUCGGCAUCUGCUGUAGGAUCUGUCCCUUCCCACAGUUUGACAGACAGGUCCUGUUCGCCCAGGCUGUUUUAGACGGCAGCUUCAAGCUCCCUGCCAAAGAAGAGAUGGAGGAGGAUAUCCAGCGGGAUUUUCGCCAUCGCUUGGAGGCGGGGAAACCUCCACACCAUGCUCACGAGAUGGGGGAGGAUCAGUGGGAGUACAACAACGACCUCUCCAGGCUGAUCGGGCUGGCCCCCCUCCCCAAGGCAGUGGAGCUAGUGUACAGGGGUGUGCACAGCGAUAGGGUCAACAAUUUGCAGCAUUAUAAAGACGGACAAUACGAAAUAACAGGGCCAGAGUCCUGGAGAAAACUGGAAUAGGACACUUCCCUGGUACUUUGUGCAUGUUUUUUAGUUUCUCUUUGAUUUUACAGUACCUUUCUUGCUUUAAGGGAUGGUGUGAGGGAUGACUUGCAAAAGUCUAUUUUAUUAGCAUGGGGUGGUUUUUGCUGCAUGGGGGGAUCAAAUUUGAAAAGUUCCUUUGUGGGGUAGGGUAAUGUUGGGAUAGUCCAUUUAUGGGUAGAAGUAACUUUAGGACCAAAUCUACCAAAGGUUAGUAUAUUUUUAUGUAUUUGGUUGGAGAUGGAGUGAUGUAUGAUGUAUUUGCUCACAAAUGUGGCCUUUUUAAUUCAUCUUAGAGAUAAUCAGUGCAAUAGUGUCAAGUAUCUGCCAGGUUGAUUCAAUGGGUAUUAACUGAUCACCUGUAUAAAAAAUGUAAAGUUUAAUUCAUUUGGUACAAAAUGGUUAAAGCAUGACUGUUUGGACUGUUUAUGUGAAAUUGCCUCAGGAAAUCAAGACUCGAUAGGCAAAAACAAAAGUCUUGUCAUAACAAGGAAGGUUAUUGUAACAUUUGCUCUUCAAUUAUGAAAAUGAGGCUCUGAUUUGCAUGAUGAAGGACAUUAUAUAUAAUGUUAAUAAUGUUGGGAAAUAUAAUUGCGAAGCUUUUCCAUAAGUGUGAUAAACAUGAUUGGAUCAGUUUUACGUAUAGGGUGGUGUUAAUUGUCUGACUGUCUGAGUAUAACUUCAUGAUUAUUGAAUUGAAGGUAAUUUUGCGUAUGUAUGUCUUCAUGUUGACAGCAUAACUUGAGAAGUCGUAGAUGGAUCAUUAUUACACACAUUUUGGUAUGUUGUGAAGUGACAUGAGUUUGGGCCCUCUAGCAGCUUUCUGUGGGAACUGCAGGAGCGUUUCAGUUGCAGAGUUUGAAACAGGAUAAGUUAAGGAGAGAUGAAUAAACUUUCACGAUUUUG